UACGAAAAGACAAAACAAUUUGAAUACGAAUUGAAUUGACAAAAAUUUAUUUUUAUAAUAAAAUGUUCAAAAUAUUUUUCUUAAACUCCAUCAGCAUAAUAAUAUAUUUAAAUGUGUUCACAUCGACCAACGGUGAGAAAUAUUGGUCGAAUUGCCAACCAUUGGUAAAUGUCAACUGGACACACAAAUGCAGCGGCGCUGUGAAUAGUGCUCUGAAGCUGAAAUACAAAGACCAAUUGACUAGUGUCGGCACGCCCUACAAAGUGAUGUUCGCCGACAGUUCGGGUGCUAGUUUUCUGGCGACUUUCUACGAUUCACAAAUGCAAAAUUGUAGCUCAAUUCAAAUCGGCUCAGAUAUGAAGGUAAAAUGUGAUGAAAACGAAAAUUACCACAUGAAAAAGUCAAUGGUUCAUUGCUUCAACUUCUAUUUACUUUAUGCGAUUGAAUUGAUGCGCGUGUGCCAUGAUCCUGCGGAAUACUCCGUAAGAGAUUUCCCACAGGGGUUUGUAGCGUUGCAUUAUGCUUAUAAGCCACCAAUUAGUGCUGCAAGGAAUUUAAAAUGGAAAUGGUUUUUAUACUUAACAGGCGCAAUAUUUUUGGUGUAAGAAAGGCAUACGUACGUGUAUGUAUAUAUAUGUGUAUUUCUAAAUAUAAAUGUCCUCUGUGGAGAGAUUAUGCACUAAUAAAUGAGAAAAACAUUGCUGGUAUGAUAA